AUAAAGGGGGAGAGGAAAAUAUUGUAGUGGCAAGGAGAGGCGUGCCAAUAAUCAAGUUUUUGGAUGAAAGCGCGCGUCUUGGAGAACACAUGGGAAGGCACCGGUUCAAUUACGCAGCGUCACGGAGCCGCCGUAAGAGAAGAGGGGCUCCCUGAUGUGCUGCUGCUGCUGCUACGUCUGCUGCUGCUGCUGCUGAUGAUGCCUGUCCUAACCCGUUCUGUGCUGAAUGACCUGUGACACUGAAACCCUUGCGGGACAAAGCCAGAGUUCAAGUGGAUAUAAGACUCACAGAACGAAGGGAUAUUACGCCAAGAUGCAGGGUCUGAGUUCCCGGGCUCAUGCGUUCUCCGUGGAGGCGCUGGUGGGGAAACCCUGUAAGAGGAUGAAAGUGUCGGAGGGACACGAGUCAAGUUUCGCUGGAGACACCGGUAGCGACACGAGCAUCUUCAGCGGCCUGAGCGAAUUCCCAGUCAGUCAGCUGAAGAAAGCAGGUACAUCACCGAGGAGGACAGAGGACGCUCCCUGUGACCCAGAGAGACAGACUGACAGAUCCUCGGCUGAGGAGUGUGAGCACAGCGGAGAGGAGAGCAAGCCGAAGGAGAGAAGCUGCAGCGCGGAAAGAUCAGAGGUCCGAGUGGACCUGCAGGGUUCCGAGCUGUGGAAGAGAUUCUAUGAGAUCGGCACCGAGAUGAUCAUCACAAAAGCCGGCAGGAGAAUGUUUCCCUCUGUGCGCGUAAAAGUGCGCAAUCUGGACCCGUGCCAGCAGUAUUACAUUGCGAUGGACGUGAUGCCUGUGGAUUCAAAACGCUACAGGUAUGUGUACCACAGCUCGCAGUGGAUGGUGGCUGGAAACACUGACCACUCCUGCAUCUCUCCUCGGCUCUACGUGCACCCGGACUCUCCGUGCGCAGGAGAGACGUGGAUGCGUCAGGUCAUCAGCUUUGACAGGGUCAAACUCACCAACAACGAGAUGGACGAUAAGGGUCAUAUUAUUCUUCAGUCGAUGCAUAAAUACAAACCACGCGUGCACAUCAUCCGACAUGACCCCCGGAUGGACCUGUCACAGAUCCAGUCUCUGCCUGCUGAGGGAGUGCACAGCUUCUCUUUCCCCGAGACCGAGUUCACCACAGUCACUGCCUAUCAGAAUCAACAGAUCACAAAACUGAAGAUCGACAGGAACCCGUUCGCCAAGGGCUUCAGAGAUCCUGGAAGGAACAGGGGAGUGUUGGAUGGCUUGUUGGAGUCAUAUCCCUGGAGAGGUCCCCUCAGCCUGGACUUAAAGCCAUUUACUAUACAGCUGCAAGGGAGCUCAGGGUCGCCAUUAAGCAGCAUGAAGAGCCUCCUCCCUUUCUCCUCGUCUUCAUCCCUUCACCCAUUCUCUGUCUCCACGCUCUCCUGUCAGGACGCCGCUCUCCACACACUCGCUCUUCCUUUCUACAACAAGGCCUCCACCACCUCACCCACCUCCCCACUGCCCAGCAGGGCCUUCUCCGCACUGGGAGUCGACAGACUGAGAAGCCUCCCCCCGCUGUCUCCCCUGACAGACCUCCCUCUCCUCUCAGCGCUGCAGGCAAAGAAACCUCCCCACUGUAGGGACCCAUGUCUUCAUGUCUCUCCAGGGGGGUCCCACUGUCUCUUUCCCUUCCACGGCCCACUUAGCCCUCAGGGGCCAUCUCUGCUCCCCCAUCUCUCUGACACAGUGGGCCCUUACUGUUUUUACCGCUACAGUCUCCCCCUGAACCCCCAACUCACUGCCGUUUCCCGGCAUGCCAAACUAGCUGAGGACACCACAGACUGUCUGCUGCGCCAGUCUCAGUGGCACCCGACCACCAACCGCUGCCUCUGACAGCUGGACCGCACUUUCAGGCUCCGGCCCAUUGAGUGUAACAAGCCAAAGCGUAUUGCAACAAAACAUUUGAGCAAGCCUCAAAGGAGCGUUGAAGAGCGUUGUGCCAGUGGGGAAUGCUUUGUAUUUAACAGCAGUUUUCUACACUGUGUUGGAUCUCCCAGUACAUAAACUGAUCCUGAAAUGGAUACUGAGCUGCUUCUUUUCACUGUGCACACUCACAGCCAAACAGCCUAACAUUGGAGUAAACAGAGAGCUAGGCAGGAUAUAGAUUUUUAUUUGGGACUGAAAGUACAGUUUCUUUACCACAGGGCAGAGCCUCCUCUCCACCCUCAAUACUCGAAAUGCUGUAAUGCUUUUACCAAGGAGCAAUAAAACCUGAAAUAUGAAGGAUCAUGAGAGUUAAACUGAACACAAAGGCCAAUUACAGUAUUUCCAUACUGUUUGUUCAGAUCACACACCAACAUUUCUAAUGUAUUUUUCCAUACUUAAGUAAAAGAGAGACUUUUCUGUGUUUUUUAAAUGUAUGCACUUGGAAUUCCAACAUAUUUCAAAGUAAAACAAACAAGUGCUGAUUUGCAGCAGGAAGAGAUUUGCAUAAAAUGCACAAAUCCUCUAAAAUAGGGUAGUGAUUAUGUUUCAAUUAUACUUUGUUAAACAAAAGUGUGCUUUGUGUUUUUGGUGAUCCAAAGUGAGCUGAAUGUCAGAGUUGGGUUUGGCCACCCCUGACUAAUAACAUGAGCUCAUCAGGUCUCUCAUUGAUUGUAGGGCAGAUCAACAGCUGCCAGGAUUCAAACAGUUUUCAUUCCUGUUCUUUAUUACUAAUAACAGGCCUAAUCAGAGAUGCAUGGGGGUGAAAGGGUUAUUCUUUAAUGGCCUUCAGACGGCCGAUCUGUAACAUGAUUAGAAUAAGGCUCACUGAUCUUUGAAAUGUGCUCAAGCAGCAGUGCCAUCAUUAUUAUAGUUAUAACAUUGUUCCAGGAUCAACAGUAAAUCAAUACGGCUGUGUGGAGGCUUGUCUUUGGGAGACAUGCAGAAAGCUUUCAGGAAAGUGAACUCUAGUGUGCUGAAUGAAAACCUCUAACCACAGUGGCCCGACAUAAUGCUGUGUUUUUUUGUCCAUACCAAAGGGGGCACGCCCGUUCAGCCGCUGAUGUGAUAAUUCCUGCCUUCAGUUAAGACUCAAAGCCCGCACCAUCCCUCCCUCCUUCUCUGCAGAGCGACCAGCGGUUUAGGCAAAGCGGGGGAAAUGGCCUGUUUCCCGACAAACGGUCGUAACCAAACAGCAAUUUAGUUGUCAUGGCCGAACAUGGCAGUGAGCUAAUACGCGCUGGACGUGGAAAUAGCAGGAAGGAGUUAAUUGAGGAACCCAAGCAGGGGAUGGCCCAGGUUGUAGCACGCGGUCAGGUGUGUUGCUAUCAAACAGCCUGCCCUUUGUCUGCAGACGGACAUAAUCUGUGCUGGUUAUUUGAUACCGUCUGUCAUUUCCAUGUUGGCUGUGUAGGACCUUCAUUUUAAACUCCCAGCUAAUUCCUGAUCUUUCAAUUAGACAAAUUGCUUUCAUGCCGGGAGAGCUGAACUCUGCACCUGCCACUCCUUAGUAAAAUAAUACAGAAACACACAUUACAGAGAACGAGACCUGGGCACCUGUCUUCAUGUGUGUCUAAAGUAGCCUAUGUGUUGGAGUGCAAACAAUAAAUAAUUAAUUGAAGACAUUUGAAGGAUUUCUUUUUGGUAAAAUAAAUUGUUUGUCGAAAUGGUAAAGACCUUUUUUGCUUUUUUGUCAAUAAACACUCAAAUUCAACAGCAGAAGA